CGCGAGAGCUGUUACUGGUGGGCCAGGAUCCAGUGUGUUCACUCCCGCGAGUCAUAGUGGAAGGGGUACGCCGACGGGGUAUGGGAGCGGGGCAGGUCCAUCUGGGUAUGAUAGCGAAGGUUUAGGCGUGAGUAUAGCCUGAGCUCAUAUAAGAGGCAACGAAGAGGUGGAGCGACGGGAGGUACUGAGAUAUUGAUCUUCGAGCUGCUCUUCCCUGCUCCGUAUGCUCUGGGCUUUGUCUUUUCCCUCACCCAGAACGCUGCCUUUGAUCCUACCUACGCAGGUCCUCUGCCUUCCGGAGGUCACGCCUCGAACAGCGCCUCGUACGGAGCCGGAGGAGAUCCUAGUGCUGGCAGGCCCUUCAAUCCCUACGAACAUAUGGAUCAGCAAGGCCACGGUGGCUAUGACGAUCCUUCUACUGCACAGCCAAUGAGACCCAUUCGGCAACCACUGCAAUACCACCUCUCCGCUCCGCCUCUUCCCCACACCUCUAAUCUUCACCCUCAACACAUGGCUCAGCAUGCCUAUUUUAUGAGUCCCUCGUUGCGGGAGGACCUCUUCCGUAGGAAUGAGGCUAUCAAUGUCUCUGCUUCUUCUGUCACCGAUCUAGGUGGUACACAGACUCGUCCGCCUCAGCCCGAAGAGGCUCAUGUUUACAAGGAUCUGGUAGCUUUGGAGCCCGACUCGUCGGGCCCUCUGCCAUACGGCUCGAGAGGCAACCCCGUGACAAUUGGAGGAGUGCCUACGCAGCUGCUCCCACGUCACCUCUUGCCAAUCGGAGCAAACGGCCUGAUCAGCUCAAUGGGCGCGCUGAGCCAGCUGCCCAUCUCUUCCUCCGGUGGACCGCUCGCCCCCUCUUCUGCCCUGGGCGGAUAUCCGACCGAAGUUCACCGAGCCACCUGCACUCUUGACGGAAAGACGUACGUCUUGCGGCGGAUCGUUGGAUUCAACCUGGGUAGAGAAAAGGAGAGGGCGCUAGAAGGAGUGGAGAGGUGGAGGAGACUGAGGUGUCCGGGUGUGGUCAAUGUGAGAGAGGCCUUUACUAGCUGGAGAUGGGGCGAAGCUUCGAUCGUCUUUGUGUACGACUUCCAUCCCCUCUCCACGACGCUCUUUGCAGAGCAUCUCCUCCCUCGUCCGCCACGCGUGGAUCCACGAACAGGAAGGAUGCAGACGGUGGACAUGCAUGUGCCAGAGAGGAAGAUGUGGUCCUACCUCUGCCAGCUCGCUUCGGCGCUUCGACAGAUCCACAAGCUCGGACUUGCGGCUAGAUGUCUUGAGCUUGGGAAGGUGCUGCUGACGGGGAAGAAUCGUGUGCAAAUCAAUUGCUGCUCAGUCCUCGACGUUCUGACCUACGAUCCCCAAAAUCCUCCAUCUGCUGAGUCGAUGGCGAACCAUCAAGCCGAAGAUCUGUACAAGCUUGGUGUUCUGCUCCUCUGUCUCUCCUCGCUCUCAAGCACAGCCGGAAACAACAUCGCCCAGUCUCUGGACAAUCUGGGUCGUCAUUAUUCCAAGGAGCUGAAGGACGUUGUGACAUGGCUGCUGCAAAGUGCGCAAGAGGUGGACAGGGACUAUGGUACGGCGAAAGACGCCGAUGAAUUACUGCGACUCCUCGGUCCGCACCUGGCUGACGAGCUCGAGGCAAGCGAGAACUAUUCUGACCUGCUCGAAGACUCGCUAAGUCGGGAGCUGGAAAAUGCUCGCCUGGUGCGCCUUCUCUGCAAGAUGGGCUUCAUCAAUGAGCGACCCGAGUACGACCACGACCCCAACUGGUCAUCUACGGGAGAGCGAUACCUCAUCUCUCUCUUCCGGGACUACCUUUUCCACUCUGUCGAGGAAGGCGGGAGCGGCAAGCCUGUGCUGGACCUGAGUCAUCUGCUGAGCAACUUGAAUAGGCUAGAUGCGGGGAGUGAGGAUAGGAUCAUGCUCACCAGUAGGGAUGAACAGAGCUGUUUGGUUGUAAGCUACAAGGAGAUCAAGGCAGCCAUUGACUCGGCUUUUAGCGACCUCUCUCGCCAUGGUUGAGCGCGGAGAGGAAGCAAAGGCCAGGUGAGAAAUUCUGAAAUUCGACGUUGAGUGGGCCGGUGGCAUGGCAUACCCUACGUCGCUUUGUUUAUCUGCUCUGUCACUACCAUUCCCGUCCGUCUACUGGCGAUGGCUGGGCUGUCAUGGUUUGCAAGGUCUUUCAAUGUAGUCUCUUCUCCCAAGUUGAAUGAAAUGCUUCAUUUACG